UUCAAUAUUCAAAGGCAGGGGAUAUUAUCCAACUUAUGGCCUCGCUUCGUCACUGCGCCGCAUCUUACGAUUGUUUCAAGCCUCAUUUCGCCAGUAUAUGGAAGAAAUAUUGCCACCACUUACUGUAGAAUGGACUCUAUCGAUCCCGACGCAUCUCCCAAACCAUGUGCUCCAGUUGUUGAAUAUAUGCCUCUUGAGGACAUAGAAAAGCCGGAGCGUUAUCGCCCUGGAGGAUAUCACCCUAUAUCGAUUGGGGACCGUCUGAGUAACCGUUAUACUGUUGUCCAUAAGCUUGGCUUUGGUACGUACUCGACAACUUGGUUGGCAAAAGAUAUGAAUAUGGACAAGUACGUGGCGAUCAAGAUUGCCAUUGCCGGAACAGAUAUGCUGGAGAGUAAAAUCCUUAAUACCCUAGCACUCUCAGAGCCAAGCGAUGAGGAACAGCCUGGAGAGGCUCUGAUCCCUCAAGUGUUGGAUACGUUUUCCAUUGAUGGGCCCAAUGGAAGGCACCAAUGCCUUGUUACGGAGCCUGGAAUGAUGACCUUGGCUGAGGCGAAAGAUGCGUCCUAUACCCGGCUUUUUAGAAUGCCUGUGGCCAAGGCAAUUGCGGCCCAAGUCAUACAAGCUGUUGCUUUCCUACACCACCGAGGGGUAGUCCAUGCCGACCUCCACCCGGGGAACAUAAUGUUUCGCUUGCCAAACAGCAUAGACAAGCUUUCCCCUGGAGAAUUAUACCAAAAAUACGGUCAGCCAAAUGUCUCGCCAUUUGUGCGCCUUGAUGGCAAGCCGCUCUCUGAUGGAGUUCCUACUCACGGUGUUAUGCCCAUUUGGCUAGGGAAAGAAAGCGAGCUUGUGGCCCUCUCCGAAGCUAAGAUUUUUGUUACUGAUUUUGGAGAGUCUUUCCUGCCGUCUGUUACCCAACGUCACAGUUAUGCGUCAUGUAUGACCAGCAUUUAUAUAGUUUCAAAGCCAGAGAAUUAA